AUGGGCUGGGCCAGAUUCACCCUGGCCACCUUGGCCAAUUCUUCUCUGGGCCAUUGCUGCCAUUUACGGUGGCCUCUCAGCGCCAGUUUCCCCCAAACAUCACGUAGCGCAAGGGAUAAAAGCUACAUUCAGUACCGCUCCUCGUCUGAUCCGCUUGUCUCCCAUGGACGCCACUUUGGUCGAACGGUAUUCACGCUUUGUAAUUAUCCUUCCUUGCUCACCAAUGGUAUCCUGAGAUUGGAGCAAAUGGAAGACACCCCAUUAGAGGAUUUCUCUGCUGAAGAGCGGCGGGAACAUCGCGUCUUUGAGCAGCUGUUGGACUCCUAUCCCGGCCUUCUGGAGAGAGCGGCGGGUGCCAGAGGCGACGACACAAAAACACUAAAGUCUGCAGUACUCGAUUGGGUGACCCCGAAGGGUGAAGCAAUACAGCCUCCUUUACAUUGUAACUCCAAAAUUGACCGCGGUUUCAACCAUCCACUUACUGGAUCUCUCCUCUGUCCUGCUGGGCUGGACUGGAACAACCCUCAGACGAAGGAGAAUUUGCGAAGUGGUGAAAUACUGGUCUGUGGGGAUCAAUGGCCCAUUUUCUUGUACGCCCACCACAUUUAUGACCCUGAAGACCUGUGGUGCGGCCUUCUCAGAAGCCGCUUACUAGUAUGUAGUCCAUUCACUGUAUGUUCAGUUGACAGAGAGCCGAAAGCUACACGAUCCGGAAACGCUCGUCUCCACGGGAUGAAAUCCGUCACCAUCGCUUCUAUUGCAUACAUCGCAACUCAGGUUUUGUUUUCACGGACCGACACAACAACAGACUCAGAAAUGUUUUAUCAUAGUUUCCUCGAUCUGUUAGAAGACCCUGAGGAAUUCAAGGAAGUUGAUGAGCUGUUGACCUGGUGGAAUCGUCAAGUUUUUCCUACCUCCUUUGCUGCCAAGAGGGCUAUCAGUGUCAACAGCGCCUUAUUCAAGAUCCGACAAAAGUGUGUUGCCCUCAAACAGGCUACAAAUGUCCCUUUGUAG